UAAAGCAAGAUGGCGUCUGACGGUGAAGACGUUAUUGCAGUCGUCACAGUUCAGUGUUCUUAAUCUGUGCCUCCAUGUACACAUAUAUGUCCUUUAUUACACUCUAGUAAAUAGAGUAAACAUCGUUAAUAACUGUUUGCAUCCGGUUGUAUUAGUCUGAGCGCACUUUGAUGCUUCUCGAGCUAGCUUAGCCUGCUAGUUAGCUUAGCUUGUUAGCUGCUAACAAAGAGAGGCGGAAGUGAUCAAAACACAUCACUAAGUAGAGAUCAAGUGUGAGUGUAAAGUGUUGUGAUUGUGUGAAAAUGUGCCAAAGAACCAUAGCAGAGUACGAGGAGGAACUUUAUCCAACAAAAGAGGAGAAGGAGCGACAACAUGAAAAACAUCAAGUUGUGUUACACAGAACAGACAUCCAUCAGCUGAUUGGACACCAAGAAGAAUGUCUCCCUCAUCUGCAGGGGGACAGUUUCACUUUAGAGUAUCCACAGCUCUCAAAUUUUAAAGGGGACAAAGAUGAGCCACAGCCCUCUUAUUUCAAAGAGGAAGAGGAGGGAGAGUGUCCUGUAGGGCAGGAGGAGGCUGAUGUCAGCAAGUUUCCACUGACUGUUGUCUCUGUGAAGACUGAAGAGCAUGAAGACAAACCACCUGAGUCCUCACAGCUUCAUCACAGUCCAAUCAACGUGGGGACUGAUGAGAUCCUCAGAGACAGAACAGCGGCAAACAGCUUCCCGCCAAGAAAAAGAAGAGGGCCAAGAAAAAAGUGUCGGCCGCCAAGUCCGCCGCCAAGGGCAAGAAGAGCGACGCCCAAGCAGGACGCUCCUCGUCCAGCCCCAAGAAGUCCAGAGCGGGGAGCAAGUCCAAGGCCAUUGUCAUGGACUCCAGCACAGACGACGAGAAGCAUGGCGAGGAAGAGAAGGUGACGGCGAGGGACAAGUCGUUGGAAAAAGAGUUGAAAACGUACCUGCACGACGAAGUGUGCACUUGGAUCUUCAAUCCGCCAAACUCUUCCCACAAUGGAGGAAUGUGGGAAAGACUAAUUGGCAUCACGCGCCGUAUCCUGGAUGCAUUGCUCCUUAAGGAGGGAGGCUCUCACCUUUCUCAUGAGGUGCUCACCACUCUCAUGGCUGAGGUCAUGGCAAUUAUAAACGCAAGACCUCUCAUUCCAGUUUCAACUAAACCAGAGAUGCCAGCAAUACUAACACCUGCAACUUUGCUGACACUGAAGAGAGACGUCAUAUCUGCACCGCCAGGAGACUUCAACGUGAAAGACAUCCACUCACAACAAUGGCGGCAAGUCCAAUCUCUCUCUGAUAGAUCCGGGAAGCGAUGGAAACAAGAAUACCUGUCAACCAUACAAACUAGGAGAAAAUGGUAUGCAGAAAGGCCUAACCUGCAAAUUGGAGACCUAGUACUACUGAAAGACGGCCAGGUGAGAAGAAAUGAAUGGCCCACUGGACUCAUCGUCAAGUCUAUCAACAGCCAUGACAGCAAAGUAAGAAAAGUAGAUGUUAAGAUCAUCCGACAAGGUACUCCAAUAAUCUACACUAGACCUGUUUCAGAGGUUGUGUUGCUCCUUCGUAAAGAGACUGUAUAGUGGUAUAAAACAUUAUACCAAGCGGGGAGUGUUAUGCCCGUUUGAUUGUGGACUAUUACUGACACCUUGUGGCGAUGGGAAAUGCUCCGCGUCAUUAGUUUGGGCACUUCCUGUUUACUUUGGGCACUUCCGGUUUACGAUGUUUGUCUAGUUCAUAAACAAUAAGAAGUAGUCGAGUUGUGUUAACUCUUACAAGCCUUGGAAAAGAUAAGUCUGUAAGUAAACUGUUUAACUUGUUUAUGUAACUCAAUACUAAGGUGGAAAGUUGCUAAGUUUGAUAGUAAGAUGUGUAUUGAAAAACGAUUUUUGGGCACUAAUUUAAUGAAUGUUUGAGGAUUUAAAAUGGCUGCUGGUCGCAUAUUUCCACCAUCGAAAUAGUUUCAACACUCAGCAGUAUUUGUUUGGCGAUAAUGCUGUAUAUUUGUGUGAAGCUAAUGUUUAGAUAUUGUGUAUAACAUUUGUUAAUUGAAUCAUAUAGCUUAUACAUUGUCAUUGUGUGUAUUUCAGUUUUACAAUAAUAAAAAAUAAAAGUUAAUAAAUAAAAAGAAAAGUUAUUUUUCAAUUUCGUUUUCGCUAUCUGCCUCCAUACUCCAACCAUCCCUUUCAAUACAUGCGUAAUCUGUUGAAUCGCUUAAGCCGCUGAAAUCCGAGGCUGAAUCCGAGCUAAUGUCGCUAUAUCUUGCUAUGGUAACCGCCAUGUUGUUUGUAUUGGCAUCGCUAUGUGACGUCACAGGAAAAUGAACAGUGGCUUCGCACAUAGCCAAAAUCAAGCACUUUAAAGGUUUUUUUAGGGAUAUUCCAGGACGGGUAAAAUUUUGAAAAAAACUUCGAAAAAUAAAAUAAGCCACUGGGAACUGUUUUUUAUUGGUUUUAACCCUUCUGAAA